ACAAAUAAAACAGCUUUAAGAAAGCACUUUUAAGAAACAAAAAAUAUAUAUAAAUGUAAAAAUAUUUAAUAAUCGCGUUCGCUUAUUGGAAAACAAUUGGAAUAUAUUCCGCAUAUUUAAAUACGAACUAAAUAAAACGUAAGCGUAAAAAGAUUUUCUUUCCUACGCAGCAAUAGAUCUUCAUUGAGCGCGCGUGUGUGUUAGUGUGUGUGUGUGCGUGCGUGUGCCACAGAAAGUGGCAAUCAGGCAGCACAGCAGCAGCAAUUGCUGAAGUGUACAGCAUAUAAUACAUACAUAUGUAUUUAUAAAUUAUUUGAUAUUGUUAAUUUAUGCAAUAAUCAAAGGUGCAUAUGUGCAUGAGUGAAACAAAUGGCAAUAUAUAUCGUAAUGUUGUCAAUAUAGUGAAAAGUUGUGUAGAAGCAGCAGCGGCAACAGCAGCGACAUCGACAUCCGCAGUAGCCGUCAACGUUAACGUAUAAAAAAGCAAAAGAAAAUGAGGAAAAUGAAAUAACACAAAAAAAAAGAGCUGCGCUGUAGCGAGCAAAGUAGAAGAAGAAACGCGAAACACAAGCAAAGAAAAAUCGAAAUAAUAAAAUACAUACAAACAUACACGUACGUAUGAGCUGUAUGUAUGUAUGGGUGUAUCAUAAAAUUGUGCUUGUAUGCGCAGUGCAAGUGUAUAUGUGUAAGUGUGUGUGUGAGUGAAACGUAUAAAUAAAAUUCAGCCAAAUGCAGAAGCCAACAACAAAAUGGAUAAUAAAACUACACAGUUGGAUUUUAAAUUACUGGUGGAUCAGUCAGUGAAUCUACUGGACAGCCUGAAUGCGGCGUCGCGGUGCGAUGCAAUCAAAUUUCUGCUGCAAAAGCUUAAGUGCAAAUAUCCAGAGGCCUGCGACCGAGUCGUCAGGAAUCUGUACAGUCACAAACCCAAUGAUAAUGGAGCCUCGGACUCGGCGGAGUCAGCGCAGCUAGCGAAGAGCAAACAGUUGCAGCUGCUGUUGCUUGACCCCAAAAAGGAGACGAAGAAGGAGAAGUUGGAGCCGGAUGAAACAAAGCAGAUCAUCAAGCGAGAGAACGACCAUGAUGAAGCAUCCGCGAUCGAUUUAAAUCAAAACUUUGAGAAAAUUCUCUGCAAAGAGGAGUUUAUGUGCCUCGACGAGGAGGAUGAUUUCCUCGAUGAUGAUGCCGAUGGCGAUGCCGAUGCCGACCCCAAUACCGAGAACUCGUCUUCCAUAAGCAAACGCCUGCACUUUAAUCGCAAUGCCAACGUCAGUUUGAAUGUCAGCGGGAACGCCAGCGGCUCCAGUGGGAGCAGCAACAAUGUGGACGCUGCAAUCACCAGUGCAGCUGUUAAUCCAGCGCUCACCAGCGAUCCCCUUGAUCUGAUACCCUCGGCGGGAGCCAGUGGCGUGGUGAAGCGAAAAUAUGUUGCCACAUUCGAUGGGGAGGAGCAGGAGGAUGACGACGAUGGCGUUGAUGAUGAUGAUGAUGAUGAGGCCAAUGAAAUUAAUAACGAGAGCAAUAGCAACAGGUGUGAGCAGCUGAUGCUCCGACGUCAGCGAAAGCUAAUGCGCUCCACAGCGUUGGUCAAACGGAAACGAACCAACAAUGUCAUCAGCAGCAUGGAUGCCGUGGUCAAGCCUGUGACACGCUCCCGCCUGGGCGAGGGCUAUGUGUUCCACGAGGAUACGCAGUACACGUUGCGCUAUCAUCACAGCAGCGGGGAGUUCAGUGAACGAGCGUUCAAGGCGCAGUUCCGGGUGCUGUUGCGAUUGGCGUUAAGUCAGCAUCACAAGCCCUUCCUUAAGCAGUUCUAUGACAACUUUGUGGUCACCGGCCGACUGCUGGGAACAACUCCCUCGACUCGAGUGUUGCAAGAGCUGCGCGAGCAACGCUUAGACGAGUGGCGGCGGCAACGUGAACGUCGACAGUUGGCCAGGGAUGCCGCUGAAGCGGCAGCAUCUGCUGCUGUGGCUGCUGCGGCGGCCGCAGCGAUGCUGAAGCAAGAGCAGGAGGAGGCGGCAGAGGCGGAGGCGGAGGAAGAACCACUGGACCAAGAAAUGGAAGUGCCGCAGCAGCAACAGCAGCAGGCGGAGAAUCAAAGGCCACGCCAACUGUUAUCGCUAGCGUUUGAGGACUCGGAACUGGAGUCAGAGACGGAGUCACAGCUGUCAUCGGCGGCACAGGAGAUUAUGAAGUUUGAAGAGUUCAUCGACGAAGGUGUAGGCGCUGGUCGUCUCAUUGAUGGGCUCGAAAUGGAGCCGGAAAUUGACGAGAUGCUGGCCAGUGCUGGCAGCGGAUUGGGCAGCGUAACGGGCACUGGGAGCGGGAAUAGUAACAGCAACAGCAGCGCUGUCCAUGACAAUGGCAUUGCGUCGCUGCUCAUGGACACCAGUCAUGGGACGCAGCUUCAUUCGCAUCAUCUCAACAGUAGCAGUAGCAGCAGCAAUGUCGCUGCUGGCAACCUUGUGAUCAACGGCCUUACGUCAAGCAAUAUCAACAACAACAACACUUGCAACAAGAGCAACAAUGUGCUAAGCCAGCAACUUGCGUCGGAGCAUCUGGCCGCUAAGCAAGCGGCGGUAACAUCGCAAUCGCAAUCGCAGCCACAAACUCCGACUUCGGCGCCGACUGCGAGUCAGCUGCAAUCGCAGUCACAACAGCAAUUGUCCAUGCCGAUGAGAUCUGCGUAUGGACACGAAGGUGUUGCCAUGUCAGCCACAGCGCAGCUAAUGUCGGGCACAGAGAUUCAGCUACAGAAUGAUAAUCACAAUCAUUACAACUCAAGCAACAAUCCGCUCUCCAUGAUGGGCGGCAUGAUGCAAAUGCAGCAACAACAGCAGCAGCAACAACAUCAGCAACAGCAGCAACAGUUUUCGCAGCAUCCACAUGCACAAAUGCUGAACAAUCAUCAGUCGCAUCUGCAUCCGCAUGCGCAGCAUCCUCAACAGCAGCCGCCUCAUCUGUCAUCAUCUUCGGCCAUGGGACAGCUAAACUCAUCGCUGGAGCUGGACGACAAUGAGUUGUCGGGCGAUGAGGACGAUGAUGAACUCGACAAUGAGCUAGACGAAAUGGAUGCAGCCAAGCAGCAGCUAAUCGAUGGUGGCAGCAGCAGCAGCACCUCGUUGCAGGCGCCUCCAUCGCAGCUUGGUGGCGCACACACGCCUGGCAGCAAAAAGGACAAACCCAGCUAUAGUUGUCUGCUGUGUCCCAAGUCAUAUCGGAAACGCAAAUCGCUGCUGGAUCACUACAAGAUACAUCCCGGCUAUUGUCACGACUGUGGACAGCCGAACGGCAACACGCUCGAGGAAAUCAUUCAGCAUAAUCGCACGAUGCACGUGAAGGAGUUUCCGUUUGUGUGCGAAACCUGCGGCGAAUCCUAUUCGCGACGGCAGCAGUUCCAUGCGCACGUGGAGUCGCACAAGAAGGAUUUCAAAAUCUAUCCUUGUGGCGAGUGCGGUCUAAAGCUGUCGCAGAAGAAGCUGCAGCAGCACUUCGAGGAGACGGGCCACAAGGCCGACGGCGCAAUCUGUGAGGUGUGUGGCGCCGAGUUUCCCACUAAGAAUGCGCUCUACCAGCACAUAAUACGCGAGCAUAAGCGCGACAAUUUCUUUGAGUGCCACAUUUGCCAUAAUCGCUUCACGCUCAAGGCCAAUCUGGAGCGGCACGUCCAGCUGCACACGGAGGUGAAGCGCACCUAUGUCUGCGAUCUGUGUGGUUCGUCGUAUUUUACAUAUCCUGCGCUCAAGGAGCACUACAGCAACGCCCACGUCGAUGUCUCCGAGUGCAAGUGCACGCUGUGCGGCAAACGCUUUGGCUCGGCCAAGUCACUGCAGCGUCACUUGCCAUCGCACUCCGAGGAGCGGCCGCAUUGCUGCAACCACUGCGAUCAAACCUUCAAGUGGAAGACGCAUUUGGUGCGCCACAAACAGACCAUGCAUGGCAAUCAGCCACCGCCUCCCAAGAAGGGCAAGCAGCGUUUCCCCAAAGCCAACGAUGAUGAUAUGUUGCCGCUGCCCGAUAUGCCGGGUCCACCGCCGGUGAAGGCCACCAAAAAGUCAGCUGGCAGCAAGACCAAAUCUCAGGCAUCCGCCGCAGCUGCAGCUGCAUCGCAGCAGGGUCCAGGCAAGGGAGUUGGCAUGGGUGCAACGCCAACGCCGCCGCCACCGUUGUCAACGACGCCGGGUUGCUCGCAGCAGGAUCCGUUUAAUGCCGCCAUGGUGAGCAGCAAUAGCUCGCAAUCGUCGACGGCAUCGACGUCACAGCACUCGGUAUCGACGAGCGAAUCUCAGCAGAAUUCCAUGUACAAUCAGAGCUUUAGUGCGGACAAAUUGCAACAGCCGACGCAGGCGCAGCAGCAACAGCAACAGAAUGCGCUCCAUCAACAGCAGCAGCAACAUCAGCAGCAGCAGCAUCAUGCAACGCCAACGCCGCCGCCAACGUUGCAGCAACAGGUGCCACCACCGCCACAACAACAGCAGCAGCCGCAGCAACAACAGCCGCAGCCGCAUCAUCGCCAUACGCCGCAUACGCCAAACAACAGUACGCCGGAGCUGCAUAUGCAGCGAAUGAACAGCUUUGGGGGACCGGAGAGUCAGUUCCACUUUGAGCCCACUGGCAAUCCAGCAGCUAGCUAUCAGCAACACCAGAUGAUCAAUCAGUAUCAGCAACAGCAUCAACAGCAGCAGUCACAACAACAGCAGGCACAGCAACAGCAUUUGCGCAGUCAUACGCCACAGAGCCCACACUCGCAUCCGCACCCCCAUCCACACCCGCAUCCGCAUCAGGCGCAGCAAAUGCAACAGCAGCAACAGCAACACUUUAGCUCACCGCACCACAUGCCACCCAUGCACCACCAGCACCAGCUGCUGAUGCAGCAGCAUCGACACAGUCACUCGCCCCAGCAUCAGCACUCGCGUCUGCAGUCGCCGCAGCCGCAGCCAUCGCCAUCAGCCGGAGCAACUGGGCCGCAACAGCAAUUCAUGCAGCAGCAGCAGCAACAACAACAACAAACGCCAACUGAUUCGUGGGGCAACAUGGGCUUUGGUGGCACACAAAACAAUCAGCCGGUUGAGCUCAAGGACAACAAGUUCUAUAUUGUUGACUCGACCGAGUUUAUGGGGCUUCCAAUGAAUGUCGGCGCCAAUGCGCCGCCUUCGCAGCAGCAGCAACAAGCGGGCGUCGUCAAUAAGGCGCAGCAACAACAACAGCAAGUUCAGCAGCAACAGCAGCAACCACAACAACAGCAGCAGCAGCCACAAGAUCCAGCAUUAACUGGUGAUUUAUUAAACUUCCAGCACAUGUGGCCACAGCAGCAACAACAACAGCAGCAGCAGCAACAACAGCAGCAGCAACAGGCAGCAGCAGCGCAACAGCCGCAGGCGAAUCAAGUCGGGCCAGGGGAUGCUCAUAAUUACAACAAUAUUGGCAGCAUUCUCACGAAUCUCAUUGACACAAAUCCCACGCCCAUGGAGUACAAUUUUGAUCUAAUGCAGCAACAGCAACCAACGCCGCAGCAGCAGCAACAACAGCAGCAGUCGCAACAACAACAAGCAGCACAACAACAUCACAAUGCCAGCGGUGCCUAUGCUGGCGGAUUGAUGAGGCACGCCGCCGCCGGCAACGUGUACGGAGGCGGAGUCUCCUACGAGCAGCAUCACAAUCACAACCACAGCGCAUUGAGCGAACAACUGGUCAGCGAACAGCAGAAGCACAACAGCUUUCAGCCAUACCAUGGCCAUCCGCAUGCCCAUGGAUUGCAGCAGCCGUUGCAUUCGUUAGCAGCCGCCUCUCAUUUGCUUCCACCGGCUCCACCACAUGGCAAUGUGUACGAGCGUGGAGUGGCACCGCCAGUGGGCAUCGGAGUUGGCGUGGGCGUGGGUGGCUAUCCGAUGUUGGGCGACGAUGCAAAGUCAGUGCUGCCGCCGAUCAAUGAUUAUAUGCAUCAUAUGCAACAGCAGCAACCCGAUCUAAUCUACUAUCCAGUGAAGAACGAUUGACAACCAAAGUAGCCGGCGCUGGGUGGUGCCCCAGGAGCAGGAGGGCAUCACCAUCAGCACCACCACUUCGCGCAUAAUCAUAAUUAUAAUCACACGCGCUGGUGGCCAGCACCAGCAGCAGGUAUAGGCGCCAAGAGAGGCGAUGUUUUUCAUUGAAAAGCAUUAAUUAAUAGCAACAAAGCAAAAUGUUGUUUAGAUGAGGUAAAGAUGAAGUCGACGGGAAAGCACUAUUUUCUAUUUUUAGUACGAUGUGCUUGUGUAGAUAUCAAAAGAUGAUGAUUCUAAUUAGAUAAGAUUAUAAAUAUUAUACAUACACACAUAUAUAUAUAUAUAUAAAUAUAUUAUAUACACUGGAACGCAACGUUGAGCAAUAAUUUGAAGAUUGGGGCUUCAUUGCUCAGAUAAUUUCCCAUCCGACCGACGCUAUUGAUACACGUGUAUACAAACAACAACAGCAACUAACAAACAAACAAAAGAAACUAACAAAAUAUUUAAUAAUAGUAACGGAAAGAAAACACCACAGCAACAACAACAACAAUAAGAACAUGACGACAGACAUAUACAUACAUGCAUAUAUACAUAGUAGCGUUUAAGAAAACCAAAAAAGAAAAACAAAAAAAAAAACGAAAAAGGAAUAAACAAAAAACACUAAAUAAUUAC